GCAUGCAGCCAAUGCGCUGGAGACGGGUCGGGCGCUCUCGGAGGUUCCUCAGAGAAAGCGCACUGGUGGCAGUACGGAGCGGUAGCGCGAGCUCAGUACAACGAAGAGAACCCAACGAGUCCACAUCGUGCGACUUUAGCGAAGGGAGAGAAAGAAAACGAGAAAGAGAGAGAGAGAGAGAGAGAGAGAGAGAGUGCGCCUGCAUCUUAAAACCAGCCGUUAUAUCUGGACAGGGUCGCCGAACGAGGGAUUUGAUCAGCACCGUUAUUUUUCUUUUGUGUUUUCUUUCUUUUUUUUUCUGGAGAAGGAUUGUGAGCGUUUGUGUGCAAAGAUGAUGGUCGGGGAGAUAGAGGUGAAGGAGAGACCGAGGCCGAGUCCCGACUAUCUCAUGCAGUUAUUGAACGAGAAGAAGCUCAUGACUAGUUUACCGAACCUGUGCGGCAUCUUUACACACCUGGAGAGACUCUUGGACGAAGAGAUAACCAGAGUGAGGAAAGACAUGUAUAACGACACAGUGAACGGUCUGGUGGACAAACACCCCCUGGAGUUACCAGAGCCAGUGGGACCCAUCGUACAUCUGCAGGAGAAACUCUUUGUACCUGUCAAAGAGUAUCCAGAUUAUAAUUUUGUAGGGAGAAUUCUUGGCCCUCGUGGACUCACAGCAAAACAACUGGAGGCAGAGACUGGCUGCAAGAUCAUGGUGAGAGGGAGGAGCUCCAUGAGAGACAGAAAGAAGGAGGAGCAGAACAGAGGGAAGCCAAACUGGGAGCACCUAAAUGAAGACCUGCAUGUGCUGAUCACAGUGGAGGACACACAGACACGUGCUGAGGUCAAGAUGAGAAGAGCUGUCGAAGAGGUCAAGAAGCUACUGGUGCCUGCAGCAGAAGGAGAAGAUAAUCUGAAGAAGAUGCAGCUUAUGGAGCUGGCCAUUCUGAACGGAACAUACAGAGACACCAACAUCAAAAUGCCAGCGGCAGCAGCUGCUCAAGGUCAGCGUCUGAUCGCGGCUCCUGCGGGUCAGGUCCUUCCCCCAGCUGCCCUCAGGCCCCCCACUCCAGCAGGGACCCCCAUCAUGAACAUCAUUCGGCCCACUCAGAUGGCCACCAUGCUACCCAAUGGCACCCCUACCCUGGUGCCCCCACCUGGCUUUUGA